AUGAUACCAUCACAGAAUCAUACAUGUGAUAGUGGUACUCGUAUAUUACGUUGGUCACAAUUUUGUGAUGGAAAUAUUGAUUGUCAAGAUCGUUCCGAUGAAGAAGGACGUUUUUGUAAACAUUGUAUCAACAAUCUCUAUUCAUGUCCACCAGAUGAUGAUAUACGCUGUGAUUUAGCUUGUAAUGCGCUUCAAUAUGUACCUUGUCAAACUAUACAAGAUCGUCGUGCAUGUAAUAGUAUUCGACAAAAUUAUGGAAAUUAUUCACCUUAUCAUUUGCUCACAGAUAUUAAUUUUUAUAUUGCUGUUGCAAUCGCUACUAUUGUAAUUCUUCUUGUUACCACCGGUAUUGUUAUACUGAUUAAAUAUCUUAUACGUAUACAACAACGACGAACAAUUCGAUCUUCACCUAAAAUAUUAUAUCAUCCGAAUGCUCCGCCGCCGCCACCACCACCCUAUUUAUCAACUCCACAUCAAUCACCUGAAAGAGAUACGUUAUCUAGUCAUAUUUAUGAACAAUGCUAUGAACCACCUCCAUAUAAAGAUGCACAUAAAUAUCCAAUGACAAGAACAUACUAUGAGCAUGUAUUAUGA